AUGGCCAUGAACAACCACUUUGUCGCUGUCGGCGAGGAGCCGAAGCCCGAGGACUUUGGCCAUGGCAUCCAGGUCAUUGACGAGGACAAGGCCUUUUCGACACACGUCAAUGACUACCUCCGCAAGACGCACGUGGCCGAGGCCGGCUUCAACUACCACCUCAUCUCCGUCUUUGGCUCCCAGUCCACCGGCAAGUCCACGCUGCUGAACCACCUCUUCGGCACCGAGUUCAGCGUCAUGGCCGAGUCCGAGCGCCGCCAGACCACAAAGGGCAUAUGGAUGUCCAAGAACAAAAAGGGCGCCGGGUCCAUGGCCGACAACAUUCUGGUCAUGGACGUGGAGGGCACCGACGGCCGCGAGCGUGGCGAGGACCAGGACUUUGAGCGCAAGAGCGCGCUCUUUGCCCUCGCCACCAGCGAGGUCCUCAUUGUCAACAUCUGGGAGCACCAGGUCGGCCUGUACCAGGGCGCCAACAUGGGCCUGCUCAAGACCGUCUUCGAGGUCAACCUGCAGCUGUUCCUCAAGGACCGCCAGGCUACCCCGCGCUCCCUCCUCUUCUUUGUCAUUCGCGACUUCAUCGGCAACACCCCGCUGUCCAACCUGCGCAACACCUUGGUGCAGGACCUGACCAAGAUCUGGUCCUCCAUCUCCAAGCCCGCCGGCCUCGAGAACGCCACCAUCGACGACUACUUUGAUUUUGCCUUUGCCGCCCUGCCCCACAAGAUCCUGCAGCCCGACAAGUUCGUCACCGAAGUCGAUACCCUCGGCCGCCGCUUCGUCGCCGGCCACCGCUCCACGACCGACCAGGAGUUUGUCGGCGGCGUCUUCUUGCCCGAGUACCACCGCCGGAUACCAGCAGACGGCUUCUCCGUCUACGCCGAGGGUGUCUGGGACCAGAUUGUCAAUAACAAGGACCUCGACCUGCCCACCCAGCAGGAGCUGCUUGCCCAGUUUCGUUGCGACGAGAUUGCGCGCGAGGCCCUCGUCGUCUUUGACGAGACCAUCCUGCCCCUCGAGCAGGAGCAGGCCGACAGUGUGCGGCUGGGCCGAUCCGUCGUCUUGGCCGGCCUUGGCACUGCCGGUGCCGCAUCACGUGCCGCCUGUCUCGAGCUGUUCCAGACGCAGGCCGGCCGCUACCACAAGGGCGUCUUUACGCGCAAGCUCGCGGAACUGGGCGACAAGGUGGACGGCCGUCUCAAGACGCUGUACCAGGGCCAGCUGGCUGCGUCGCACAAGGCCGGUGUUGCGUCGUUUACCGAGGCGGUGACGAGCUCCGUCAAGGCCGGCCAAAAGGCUGGCGGCAACUACGAAUUUGCCGAGAUUGUCGAGACCGAAAAGGCCAAGGCGCUCAAGACCUUCAAGACGGAGGCCCAAGGUCUGGCUAUCCCCGAGGUCGCCUGGACCAACUUCAAGCCGCAGUACCUGCUUUUUGAGAAGGAGCUCGACGAGGUCAGCGGCAAGCUGCGCAAGGAGGAGAUGCGCCGUCUGGCCACGCGCGUGGAGCGCUGGGUCAAGUCGCGUCUCGGCGAUGCGGUGGGGCUCGAGUUCAACAAGCUGGGCUCCGGUCGCGCGGGCGGCGGCGCACCCGACGUGUCGGCAUCCUCCUCUGCAUCCAUCAGCAGUGCCAACGCGCCUCCCUCUGAAAAGGACCUGUGGGACCGCGUCUGGACGGUGUUUGUGGGCAUCGUUGAGGAGGCGCAAGACCGUUUCACGGAACGCGCCAAGAGCUUCGAUGCCAGCGAGGCCGAGGUCCAGAUCGGCUUGUGGCGCCUGCGGCGCAAGAGCUGGGUGGCGCUGCGCGAGCGAAUUGACGAGGAGGUCAUGGAAGGCAACAUUCUCCUCAAGCUGCGGGAGAACUUUGAGGACAAGUUCCGCUACGACGACGCUGGCGUGCCGCGCAUCUGGCGGCCCAGCGACGACAUUGAGGGCAUCUACACGCGCGCGCGCGAGUCCACGCUCACCCUCAUCCCGCUGUUGGCCCGCUUCCGCCUGGCUGCCACCAUUGCGCCGCCCGACCUGCCCGAGUGGAUCGGCAACCAGCCGGCCGGCGUCGAGCCCGAGGACGAGGACGACCUGACGCCCAUUGGCGGCGUCGACGAAGAGGAGGGCAAGAGCCUUGAGGAGGAAAUGACCGUGCUCAGCGAGAGCAAGCGCCAGGACCUCGUCAUCCGCUUCAAGAAGACGGCCGACGGCGUGUACGUCGAGGCCAAGCGCGGCGCUCUGGGCGGCAUCACGCAGGUGCCCCUGUAUUUUUACGGCAUCCUGCUCAUGCUGGGCUGGAACGAGAUUCUUGCCGUGCUGCGGAACCCCUUCUUGUUCCUGCUGCUGGCCAUUUUUGCGGGCGGCACCUAUGUCGCGUACAGCCUGUCUCUGCUCGGCCCCAUGAUGCAGAUGGCCAACGCGGCAUCGAACCAGGCCGUCGAGAUUGGCAAGCAGAAGCUGCGCGACUUUAUCAACAACAACGACUCCGCGCGCCAGGCUCUGGCCAUGCCGGCUCGAAGCGACAGCACGAGCAGCAGCAGCGACAACAUCCACAUGGAUACGCUCAACUCCAGUGGACGGAGGCAAAACACGACGACACGCAUUGACGACGACGACAUCUGA